GCCGUUAUUCAAACUAGCCGUUACUCGUAGCCCUAUAAAUACUCUUCACAUGAGUAAUAAGCUUCACACUCUUUUCCAACUUAUCUUCCUCUUAAUUCAAUAUUACAAUUCUCUUCACAUGGAUCCUUCCAACCCUUCCCACAUUGCAAAAAUGUUCAUGGAUUAUAUGAAUGAUGGUAUGGAUGAAGAACUUGUGAGACUUUACUUUGAAAGUGAAGCCCAAAAAGAAGGUGCAAGUUCUAGCAGACCUAGACGCCGAAGAAGAAAUGUAGAGCGGAACCGUGAAGAAGGACAUGAGCGUUUAUUCAAUGAUUAUUUUUCAGAAGCACCAGUGUACACAGAUGAGCAAUUUCGUCGAAGAUAUCGAAUGCAUAAACAUGUAUUCCUUCGUAUCGUUGAAGCUCUUGGUGAACAUGAUGAGUAUUUUCGGCUUAAGGUUGAUGCAACUGGUAGAUCAAGUCUUUCACCACUGCAAAAGUGCACUGCAGUUAUUCGUAUGCUGGCAUAUGGAUCAUCUGCUGAUAGUGUAGAUGACUAUUUGAGAAUUGGUGAAACAACAACACUAAAAUGUGUUGAUAAGUUUACAAGAGGUGUUAUUAGUGUAUUUGGGCCACAAUAUCUGCGAAAGCCAACUGUUAAAGAUGUCGAAUAUCUGCUACAAAUGGGGGAGGCACGUGGCUUUCCAGGUAUGUUGGGGAGCAUUGAUUGCAUGCAUUGGGAAUGGAAAAAUUGUCCCGUUUCUUUGAAAGGGCAGUAUGUCCGAGGUGAUCAUGGUAAGCCAACUGUUAUGCUUGAAGCAAUCGCUUCACAAGACCUAUGGAUCUGGCAUGCAUUCUUUGGGGUAGCUGGUUCAAAUAACGAUAUCAAUGUGUUGAACCAAUCUGAUGUCUUCAACGAUGUUAUGCAAGGGCGAGCUCCCGAGGUCCAUUAUUCAAUUAAUGGCACUGAAUACAACAUGGGUUAUUAUCUAUCAGAUGGCAUUUAUCCUGAAUGGUCAACAUUUGUGAAAAGUAUCUCAAUGCCACAAGGGGAUAAGAGAAAAUUAUUUGCCCAACAUCAAGAAGGUGCAAGAAAGGAUAUUGAACGAGCAUUUGGAGUUCUCCAAUCCCGAUUUGCAAUCAUACGUAACCCAGCUCGACCUUGGCACUUGGAUGCACUGAAGCGCAUAAUGGAUACAUGCAUCAUACUCCACAACAUGAUUGUUGAAGAUGAACGUGCCACAUAUGGUGGCAAUUUUGAUUAUUCUUAUGAGCAUUUAGGCAAUGACCCGACUGCACCACCAGAUGAUUCUAAUAAUGAUUUUCAGGAGUUUUUACGCAGAAGACAUCAUGUUCGUGACAAGGAAACUCAUCGACACCUUCAACAAAACUUGAUAGAACAUAUAUGGGAACGUUUUGGACAUGAGAAUAACCAUAACUAAUAAUUAUUUUAAGUGUUUAAUAUAUUUUCUGCAUGUUUAGUAUAUUUU